AUGGAAACACCAGCAUUUUUUACAGCCGUUUUUCUUUGGUGCCUUCUUAUUAGUGUAACUGGGUAUUCAAUCUAUAUGGGAUUUGGACCACCUUCAAAAGAACUUCGUGAUCCUUUUGAAGAACACGAAGAUUAA